CAACGUCCGCGCGCCGGCAGCACGAGCAUCAAUUGCGCCCGCCAACGUACAAACAGUAUACAAGAUGCUCGCACGACACGCACCCGCGAGCUCCGCGCUCAAGGCCAGCGCUCCACGAGCCGCCGCCCGCCUUUCCGUGGCCGCCACUACACCCUCAAGGACACAGAAGAGGAAUUUGGCUACGGUCAACGAUGCACCGCCGAAGAGGGUGUAUGGAGGCCUGAAGGACCAGGACAGGAUCUUCCAGAACUUGUACGGACACCAUGGCGCGGAUCUCAAGAGUGCCAUGAAGUAUGGUGACUGGCACAAGACAAAGGAGAUUCUGCUCAAGGGCCACGACUGGAUUAUCUCUGAGAUCAAGGCGUCUGGUCUGCGAGGCCGAGGUGGUGCUGGCUUCCCCUCUGGUCUGAAAUGGUCAUUCAUGAACUUCAAAGACUGGGACAAGGACACCAAGCCCCGCUAUUUGGUCGUCAACGCCGAUGAGGGCGAGCCCGGAACAUGCAAGGACCGAGAAAUCAUGCGCAAGGACCCCCACAAGCUCAUCGAGGGCUGUCUUGUUUCUGGACGUGCCAUGAAUGCCACGGCUGCAUACAUCUACAUCCGAGGAGAGUUCUAUCACGAGGCUGCUGUCCUUGAGCGCGCUAUCCAGGAGGCUUACAAGGCCGGCUUCAUCGGCAAGAACGCCUGCGGAUCCGGCUACGACUUCGACGUCUACGUCCACCGAGGAAUGGGCGCCUAUGUCUGCGGUGAGGAGACCUCGCUCAUCGAAUCGCUCGAGGGCAAGCCAGGAAAGCCCCGCUUGAAGCCCCCGUUCCCCGCUGCCGUUGGUCUUUUCGGAUGCCCAUCGACUGUCGCCAACGUCGAGACUAUUGCCGUCGCACCCACCAUCUGCCGUCGUGGUGGUAGCUGGUUCGCCGGCUUCGGUCGUGAGCGCAACCAGGGAACCAAGCUUUUCGCCAUCUCCGGACACGUCAAUCACCCUUGCACAGUUGAGGAGGAGAUGUCUAUUCCCCUUCGCGAACUCAUCGACAAGCACUGUGGCGGUGUGAUUGGCGGCUGGGACAACCUCAAAGCCGUUAUCCCAGGAGGUUCAUCGACACCCAUUCUCCCCAAGCACGUUUGCGACGACCAGCUUAUGGACUUCGACGCCCUCAAGGACUCACAGUCUGGUUUCGGAACCGCAGCCGUUAUUGUCAUGGACAAGUCGACUGACGUCGUACGCGCCAUCACCCGUCUCGCAAAGUUCUACCACCACGAGUCUUGCGGUCAGUGCACACCUUGCCGUGAGGGAUCCAAGUGGACACAUCAAAUCAUGGACCGCUUCAACAAGGGCCAGGCGAGAGAGCGCGAGAUCGACAUGUUGCAAGAGUUGACCAAGCAGGUCGAGGGUCACACCAUUUGUGCUUUGGGUGAGGCCUUCGCAUGGCCCCUGCAGGGAUUGAUCAGGCAUUUCAGGCCAGAGCUGGAGGCGAGGAUACAGGGCUACGCGGAGAAGAACGGUGGCCCGGCGCUUGCUGGCGGUUGGGCACACGAUGCUCAGAAGAAGGGACAGCUUAUCAGUCCCGGACAGUAG